AUGGCUGAGCUCACUACCCGUAACGGCGAUCCUUUCGACCGUACACUCUUUGAGUCGCUAUUGAAGCGCCGACUUUUCUAUACCGAAUCGUUUGAAAUAUACCGAACUUCCGGAAACCUUAAAGGCGACAGCAGAGGCCUUUACGAUUAUGGACCCCCCGGGUGUGCGCUCCAGUCGAACAUUGUGGACUUAUGGCGGAAACACUUCGUUCUUCAGGAGGAUAUGCUAGAACUUGAUUGUACAAUUCUAACACCAGAAGAAAUCUUCAAAACCAGUGGCCACGGGGACUUCUUACGUGCCGACCACCUCAUCGAGGCUGUCCUUGGGGCAAGACUAAAAGGAGAUAAAGCAGCUAGAGGAAUUGCUGGUGAGGGUGAUAAGGCCGAUAGCGCAGGCAAAAAGAAGAAGAAGGGUCCCAAAGUGAGCGACAUCAAGGCGAUGAAACAGGAGGACUCUGUUGUGGCAGAAUACGAGGAAGUGCUUGCCAAGAUUGAUAAUUACGAUGGACCCGAGCUCGGCCAAUUGAUCGAGAAGUAUGACAUUCGAAACCCGGAUGGGGACACACCGGUUUCGCCACCGGUUCCCUUCAACUUGAUGUUCAAGACAACAGUGGGUCCCAGCAGUGCUUCCCCGGGAUACCUCCGACCAGAGACAGCCCAAGGCCAGUUCCUAAACUUCAAGAAACUUCUGGACUACAACCAGAACUCGAUGCCAUUUGCGUCUGCCUCCAUCGGAAAAUCGUUCCGCAAUGAAAUUUCCCCUCGUUCUGGCCUCCUCCGCGUCAGAGAAUUUUUGAUGGCUGAGAUAGAGCAUUUUGUCGAUCCAGAAGGCGGCAAGAGGCAUCCCAAAUUUGACUUGGUCAAAGAUCUACAGCUCAGCUUCCUCGAUCGCGCAACCCAGCUGGGCGGUAAGACCAGUCUCCACAAAACCACGAUCGGAGAGGCAGUGACCAGUAGAAUGGUAGACAAUGAAACACUGGGAUACUUCCUAGGCCGCAUCUAUCUCUUCCUGCUCAAGAUCGGCGUCGACGCGAAUAAAGUCCGAUUCCGCCAACACAUGGCAAACGAGAUGGCCCAUUAUGCUACUGACUGCUGGGACGCCGAGCUCCAGACCACCUAUGGUUGGAUUGAAUGUGUCGGAUGUGCGGAUCGCAGCGCCUACGAUCUGACCGUUCAUUCUAAGAAAACUGAAGAGCCACUUGUCGUCCGUGAAUCCCGGCGUGAGCCACUAAAAGUUGAAGAAUGGCAAAUUGACAUCAACAAGCCCAAGCUGGGACCACUCUUCAAGAAGAACGCUAAGGCUGUUGAAGCGGCGCUCAGCUCGCUCUCCCAGUCUGAGCGGGAAUCUCUAGCUACGACCUUAGAAGAAAAUGGUAUCGUUUCUGUCACGGUCCCCGAAAUGGCAGAGCAGGUUGAGAUUUUCAAAAACUUGAUUAGUAUCGUCAAAAGGACGAGAAUUGAGAACAUCCGUGAAUACAUUCCCAAUGUUAUUGAGCCAUCCUUCGGUAUCGGCCGAAUUUUCUACAGUCUACUGGAGCAUGUCUACUGGCAUCGGGCUAACGAUCCUGCGCGUGGUGUUCUAUCCCUUCCCAUCUCGGUGGCACCCACAAAAGUUCUCAUCGUCCCGCUCUCCACUCAUCAAGACUUCGUUCCCCUUACAAAGAAAUUCGCAGAGGAUCUUCGUGGACUGGGAAUAUCCUGUCGAGCUGAUGAGUCCUCCGCAAGUAUAGGAAAGAGGUAUGCUCGGAAUGACGAAUUGGGCAUUCCGCUCGGUGUCACGAUCGAUUUCGACUCCGUGAAGAAUGGAACAAUCACGCUGCGUGAACGCGAUAGUACAAAGCAAGUUCGGGCCUCUCAAGAGGAAGUUUUCGGUGCUAUCGAGUGUCUCAUUAGCGGUAAAGAGAAGUGGGAGGAUGUCUUUGCGCGACUUCCUGAGUUUUUGGGUCAGAGUGGGGAUGACUGA